AUGCAAGGUAGGAGUACUAGAAGUUCCAAAAGAAUGCCAAACGUGGAAGGAACAGAAAAUGAAAGAUUCGAAAGAAUUGCUCAAAUAGCUCAGCAGGAGGUAAUGGCUGGUUUACAACAACGUGACACCUCUUUGUCAUCGUCAAAUGAAAAUGCUUCAAGUAUGACUAUUGUUCCAAUUAAUGCCACAGUUGGAAGUGCGCAAUCCAACAUGAGACAUAAUGUAUAUCCACGACAUCUUCAUUCAAAUGAAAUAGGAUCAAUUUUCUACACUUAUCCGUAUCAGUAUCCAAUGGGAAUUCAAGCCUAUCCAAUAUAUAUACCAUAUGUCUAUCGAGACACAAACAUUCAAAGCUAUAGCAAUAAUACUAUACCCAGUGCUGAGGAUACAGCCAACGCUGAUGAAACUCUAACUGAAGAACGAAAUCCUGGAAGUCAAAUUAACAUCAAUGAGUUAUCUGGUGUUAGAAUGGGAGAUAAUUUGAGUACGGAAGAAACUUCCAGAAGAGAAGCAGGCAAUAGUAAUUGUAAUGAGUACAACGUUAUCAUGCUUGCUGAAUCUAGUGAUGAAGCUAAAUCCGUCACUAAUGAAGAUAAAAAAGAAAACGGCAGUAAAAAUGGGGAAGAAAUUCAAUCUCAAAGUUUUCAAACACCAAAUGAAGACUUCAAUACUCUUUUGACUUUUAGAAGGAAUGAUAUCCAUCAACGAAACCUUACAAAAAGUAAGGAUAAUAUUUCAGAAUUAUCCUUUGAAGGAGAUGGACAAAACAAGAUUGGAAAAGAUAAGUAUCACCUAAAUGGCAACCAACUUAAAUUUCCUGGGCCAAAUAUAAGUGGUUAUCAAUUCAAUCCAUUCUAUGGUCAAUAUUCACAGCAGCCCUCUUUCCACAAUUAA